AUGGCCAUAUGGAUAACCCAGUUCGAAAUACCUGAGUCGGUGAGGACAGUGCCAGGUGCUUACAUGUGUGACUAUCAAUGGCACUGCCUUCUGGUUGAGGAUGCUGGCUGGUUUUCCUCAAUUAAAAUUGCUCAUGCGAUCGGCCACCUGGUCGGACUCACUCACGACGGCGAUAUCAAGAUGAAAAAUAACUGUGCAUCGGAGAGUCUUCUUCGUACAACCAUUAUGUCACCUGAGAUACCCACAAUCAUACCCAUACCGGUUUGGUCUUCCUGCUCCGUGCAAGAAUUCCACGUCAAUAUCAUGAGAUAUCAUUGCUUGGAGAGACCCCCGAUACACUUGCAAAACAGUGCUUUUAUGUCAGGAGUUUUCUCAUUGGACGAGCAAUGCAGAAUUGAAUUUGGUGAUGGGUGGAUAUUCUGCAGUAGGAUUCUAGUGAAAGACCCUUGCAAGGAAUUAUGGUGUAACCGAGCCACCGGGAGUCGUCGCAGUUGCAUGACCCGCCAGACGCCAACCCUGGAGGGCACCGCGUGUGGUCGAGGCAAGAGGUGCAUAAACCAUACGUGUGAGGACGCAAAAAGGCCUAUUCUGGAGACGACUACUAUUAUGCCACUAACUGAAGAGUCAUCGACCCCAGAGCCUACUACUACUACUACCACUACCACCACCACUACUACUACUACCACCACCACAUUUCGACCAUUUGAACCGACGUUACCCACGAACAGUCCUCACCCCGCGCUAUACAAUACACCUUCUUAUUUUGACGAAAAUGAUAUGAAUCAUUAUCCAGUAUAA